UGUCAAGUGUCAACAAAAUGCUCACACGUGUAGAGGAAUAAGCAUGUGUAACAUUAGCCCUACAUUUACCAUAAUACGGAGAAAUACAAAUAAUUAAACAUAAGUGCGUGAACAGUUACCAAAAUGAAGUUUGCUUAUAGGUUUUCCAAUCUGCUCGGAGCGGUCUAUCGUCAGGGAAAUUUGAGUUUCUCUAAAGAUGGCAACGCUGUGAUCAGUCCGGUUGGAAACAGAAUCUCUGUCUUCGACUUGAAAAACAACACAUCUGAGACAUUACCCAUCUCCACUGUCAAAAACAUCACAUGUGUGGGUCUCUCUCCUGAUGGGAACAUAGCAAUCGUUGUGGAUGAAGAUGGUGCAGCAGUGUUGGUCAGUCUCAUCACCCGAGCCAUCCUUCAUCAUUUCCACUUCCACAAGCCCGUCAGCAGCAUCCGCUUCUCACCCGAUGGCAGGAAGUUUGUUGUUACAAAGGAAAACGUAGCUCUGAUGUACCACGCUCCUGGAAAGCAGCGCGAGUUUAAUGCCUUUGUGUUGGACAAGAGUUACUACGGUCCCUACGAUGAAACCACCUGCAUCGACUGGACGGACGACUCCAAAUGUUUUGUAGUGGGCAGCAAAGACAUGUCCACGUGGGUGUUCGGUGCAGAGCGCUGGGCCAACCUCAUCUACUACUCCCUCGGGGGACAUAAGGACGUCAUCGUGGGAUGUUUCUUUGAGAAGGACAGCCUGGAUCUGUACACGGUGAGCCAGGACGGGACACUGUGUGUGUGGGAGAGUGACACGGAGCUGGACGGCCUUGUCCUCACAAAGAAACAGGACAAACCCAAGCCUCCAAAGGAAGGGGAGGAAGAGGAGGACGACGACGAUGAGGAGGAGGACAGGGUGGAGGGACAGGAAGGAGAGGUCAUCAGAGGGAAAGCUGAGGCUCGAAAAGACAAGGGGGAGACCAAAAACGUUCGAUUCAGGCAGAUGAGCAAGCACUUUUUCAACAAGGAGGGGGAUUUUAACAACUUGACGGCUGUCACCUAUCACAAGCAGACCCACAUCCUGGUCACAGGUUUCGCCUCUGGGAUUUUCCACCUGCACGAGCUUCCAGAGUUCAACCUUAUCCACUCCCUGAGUAUUUCCGACCAGAGAAUCGCCUCAGUGUCUAUAAACAGCUCUGGAGACUGGAUCGGCUUCGGUUGCUCAGGGAUGGGUCAGCUGCUGGUGUGGGAGUGGCAGAGCGAGUCGUACGUCUUCAAGCAGCAGGGACACUUCAACAACAUGUCCUCGCUGGCCUACUCUCCAGACGGACAGUACAUCGCUACAGGAGGAGACGACGGAAAAGUCAAAGUGUGGAACACAAACAGCGGCCUUUGCUUCGUCACCUUCACAGAGCACACCAGCAGCGUCACUAAAGUCACCUUCACCUCCAGCGGCUUCGUCAUCGUCAGCGCUUCUCUGGACGGGACGGUGCGAGCGUUCGACCUGCACAGGUACAGAAACUUCCGGACGUUCACGUCUCCGCGGCCUGCGCAGUUCUCCUCCCUCGCUGUAGACGUCAGCGGGGAGCUGGUGAGCGCCGGAGCUCAGGAUUCAUUUGAGAUCUUUCUGUGGUCCAUGCAGACAGGCAGACUGCUGGAGGUCCUUGGGGGCCACGAGGGCCCGGUCAGCUGUCUGUGCUUCAGUCCGGUCCAUUCCAUCCUGGCCAGUGUCUCCUGGGACCGCACUGUCCGGCUGUGGGACAUGUUGGACAGCUGGCAGGUCAAAGAGACACUACCCCUCACCUCUGAUGGCUUGGCAGUGACGUACCGCCCUGAUGGUCGGGAGCUGGCUGUAGCCACUCUGAACGGGGAUGUUUCUUUCUGGAACCCACAAACGGCGACACAAACCGGCUCCGUGUCCGGACGCCACGACCUGGAGACAGGCCGCAAAGAGACGGAUAAAAUCACAGCCAAGCAGUCCGCUAAGGGGAAGUCCUUCACGUCGCUGUGCUACUCUGCGGACGGGGAGUCGGUUUUGGCGGGAGGACAAUCCAAGUUUGUCUGCAUCUACAACGUGAAGGAGCAGAUGCUCAUGAAGAAGUUUGAGAUCUCCUGCAACCUGUCCUUCGAUGCCAUGGAGGAGUUCCUGGACAGACGGAAGAUGACGGAGUUCGGCAGCCUGGCUCUGGUGGACGAGGGAGCUGGAGACGGGGAGGGUGUCAACAUCAGCCUGCCUGGAGUCAGGAAAGGGGAUAUGAGUUCUCGACACUUCAAGCCUGAGAUCAGAGUGACCUCGCUGCGGUUCUCUCCUACUGGUCGUAGCUGGGCGGCCACCACCACCGAGGGUCUGCUGGUCUACUCUCUCGACGGCUCUCUGGUCUUUGACCCCUACGACCUUGACAUGGACGUGACGCCGGCCAGCAUCCGUAAGCAGCUGCGGCUCCAGGAGUGGGCGCCGGCCAUCGUGCUGGCGUUCAGACUCAACGAAAAAGCCCUAAAGCAGGAAGUGCUGGAAAAAGUGCCACAUGAGCAGAUCCCAGUGGUUUGCAGCUCUCUUCCUGAGAUCUACGUGGAGAAGCUUCUGGGCUUCGUGGCGGCGAGUUUGGAGAAGUCGGGUCACCUGCAGUUCUACAUGACCUGGGCCCAGAGCCUGCUCAUGCUGCACGGACAGAAACUGAAGAACAGGUCGGGAGCCAUACUGCCCACGCUGCAGGCGCUGCAGAAAAGCAUCCAGAGACACUUUGACAAUCUGUCCAAACUGUGUGACUUUAACAUGUAUAACAUUCGCUACGCCGUGGCCCUGUCGAAGCAGAGGGGCGUGAAGAGGACCGCUGAGGAGGAGGAGGAGGAGGAGGAGGAUGAAGAUGAAGAGAUGUCCGAGAAGAUGAGCGUGGCCUCCAUCGAGGAGGCAGAGUUGAUGCUGUAGAUCUAAAGCCAGGAAACAUCAUUCCAACAACAUGGCUGACAUCACUGCAAAGAGCAACAUAUUAUUGGACUGUAAAAGCAAACCGAUGUUGUCUACUUCAGAAAACAUGAUUGUAAACUGUUUUUUUUAUUAAAUGCAUUUUAAUGUCUUUGAAAAAGAACUAAGC